GAGACCAGGCCACACUUAUCCUGUGUGUGUGUGCAGUGGACCUUGGACAGGAAUCUCAGCAGCACAGCAGUGACACGCAGCUGCCUCACGUCCUGCCACAGUCGGAAGGAGGCCACGGCCAUGGGGGACGUGAAGUUGGUUGCCUCCUCACAUGUGUCCAAAACCUCCCUCAGUGUGGAUCCCUCGAGGGUCAACUCCUUGCCCCUGACUGAGGCACCUGCUUUCAUUCUGCCCCCUCGGAACCUCUGUGUCAAAGAAGGAGCCACCGCCAAGUUUGAAGGGAGGGUCCGGGGUUACCCAGAACCCCAAAUAACCUGGCACAGAAAUGGGCAACCUAUCACCAGCCAGGGCCGCUUCCUGCUGGACUUUGGUGUCCGAGGGAUUUUCAGCCUUGUGAUUUGUGCUGUCUGCGAGGAAGACAAGGGAAAGUAUACCUGCGAAGCUAGCAAUAGCAGUGGUGACCGCCAGGUGACCGUGGAGCUGACAGUGGAAGGGAGUUCUGUGAAGAAGCAUGGUCAGCCUGUUGUUUCCAAAAUCUUGGGGGACAGAUUUUCAGCACCAGCCAUGGAGAGUCGUCCUAGCAUCUGGAGUGAGUGCCCACCAAAGUUUGCAACAAAACUGGGCCGAGCAGUAGUCAAAGAAGGACAGAUGGGACGAUUCUCCUGCAAGAUCACUGGCCGGCCCCCACCACAGGUCACCUGGCUGAAGGAAAACAUCCCAUUGCAGCCAAGUGCCCGAGUGUCUAUGUCUGAGAAAAAUGGGGUGCAGGUCCUGGAGAUCCAUGAUGUCACCCAUGAUGAUGUCGGUGUGUAUACAUGCAUGGUGGUAAAUGGCUCUGGGAAGGCCUCCAUGUCAGCAGAACUCUCCAUCCAAGGUUUGGACAAUUACAGUAGGUCAUUUUUAAAAGCAGCAAAGACCUCCAAUUCAAAUAUCCAGAGGGAAGUGGCUAAUGGAAUGUCCAAGGGGCAGACAAUGGGCAUGCUGGAGACUACAGCCAGAAGUAAGCACUGUUCAAGUCCCCAGAGAGCUGGCCCCACAGCCUGGGCCACAAACAGCCAGCCACAGCCUCUGGAGGAUUCCUGGAUGGAGCCUUGUGGGGACUCACUCAGAAAUAUCCUGCAGACCCCCAUGCUUCAGAAGACAUCCAGCACCAUCACCUUGCAAGCCACAAAAGUGCGGCCAGAACAGAGAGCAUCAAUCUUGGGGUCUUUCUCUCCUGAAGAGAGGAAGAGACCAGCUGCCUUCCAGCCAACCACCCUCCCUACCCGGUACUCUGGCUUGGAAAGCCCAGACGUGAUGAGCAAGAUUGCUAUAAGGAAAGUUUCCAUGGAGAGCCAGAGGGAUGCAACAUUUCCCAGAUUUGAGAGCAAGCCCCAAAGCCAGGAAGUCACUGAAGGUCAAGUCGUCAAGUUCCGGUGUGAGGUUUCAGGAAUCCCAAAACCUGAAGUGACCUGGUCCCUGGAAGGCAUUCCUGUGAGGAGCCAAGCAAGCAUCCUUGAGAUUUAUGAAGAUGGUGGAUCCCAUUACCUCUGUCUGCUGAGAGCCCAGGCAAGGGACACUGGAAGAUACAGCUGCACAGCUUCCAAUAGCCAAGGCCAGGCAUCCUGCAGCUGGACCCUCUUAGUGGAAAGGCCAGCCAUAAUGAGGGUGGCCCCCUCAUUCUCCAGUGUCUUGAAGGACUGUACUGUCAUCGAGGGUCAGGAUUUUGUGAUGCAGUGCUCCGUACAGGGGACCCCAGUGCCUCGAAUCUCUUGGCUGCUCAAUGGGCAGCCCAUCCAGUAUGCUCGCUCCACGUGCAAGGCAGGUGUGGCUGAGCUCCACAUCCAGGAUGCCCUGCCAGAGGACCGUGGCAUCUACACUUGCCUGGCAGAGAACAGCCUAGGGCAGGUGUCCUGCAGCGCAAGAGUCACUGUGCAUGAAAAGAAGAGUGAGGGGAAGAGGAAGCACUUUCUGCCCCUGGCUUCCAGCAAGUCUGUCGCACCCAUCUUCCUGCAGGGCCUUUCCGACCUCAAAGUCAUGGAUGGAAGCCAAGUCACCAUGACAGUCCAGGUGUCAGGGAACCCGCCCCCAGAGGUCAUCUGGUUUCACAACGGUAGUGAGAUCCAGGAGUCAGAGGACUUCCACUUUGAACAGAGGGGCGCCCAGCACAGCCUUUGCAUUCAGGAGGUCUUCCCGGAGGACACGGGCACGUACACCUGUGAGGCUUGGAACAGCGUUGGGGAGGUCCGCAGCCAGGCUGUUCUCACGGUGCAAGAGCCCCAUGAUGGCACCCAGCCCUGGUUCAUCAGCAAGCCUCGCUCAGUGACAGCCUCCCUGGGCCAGAGUGUCCUCAUCUCCUGUGCAAUAGCUGGUGACCCCUUCCCCACUGUGCACUGGCUCCGCGAUGGCAAAGUUCUCUCCAAGGACAAUGGCCACUUUGAGGUGUUACAGAAUGAGGAUGUGUUCACCCUGGUUCUAAAGAACGUCCAGCCCUGGCAUGCUGGCCAGUAUGAAAUCCUGCUCAAGAACCGCGUUGGCAAGUGCAGUUGCCAGGUGUCACUGAUGCUGCAGAGCAGCCCUACCAGGGCCACACUAUGGGGGCGGGAGCCAGCCAGCUGUGAGGACCUCUGUAGUGGAGGAGUUGAUGCUGAUGGUGGUGGUGAUCGAGAUGGGACCCUGAAGCCUGGCUGGUCAGCAAGAGGACAGGGUUGGCCAGAGGAGGAAGACGGAGAGGACGUGAGGGGGUUGCUGAAGAGGCGCGUGGAGACCAAGCUGCACACGGAGGAGUCGAUCCGCCAGCAGGAGGUGGAACAGCUGGAUUUCCGUGACCUCCUGGGAAAGAAGGUGAGCACCAAGACUGUGUCUGAAGAAGAUCUGAAGGAGAUCCCGGCUGAGCAGAUGGAUUUCCGCGCCAACCUGCAACGGCAAGUGAAGCCAAAGACUGUGUCUGAGGAAGAGAGGAAGGUGCAUAGUCCCCAGCAGGUAGACUUCCGCUCUGUCCUAGCCAAGAAGGGGACUCCCAAGACCCCUGUGCCUGAAAAGAUUCCACCUCCCAAAUCUGCCACCCCAGAUUUUCGUUCUGUGCUGGGCAGCAAGAAGAAAUCACCAGCAGAGAAUGGUAGUGGCAGUGCUGAGGCCUUGAAUGCCAAGGCUGGGGAAAGUUCCACAUCUGUGGGCAAUGCACAGCCUGCAGGAUCCCUGAAGCCCCUGGCUUGCACCAAGCCUGCUGAGACCCUAAAACCAGUGGCCAAUACCAAGACUACUGAGCCAUUCAAGCCUGUGGCCAAUGCACAACCUGCAGAGGCCCUAAAGCCAGCCAGGAAGGAAGAACUCAAGAAAGAGGUUAAGAAUGAUGUGAACUGCAAGAGAGGACAUGCAGGGUCCACAGAAAAUGAGAAAAGAGCAGAGAGCCAAGGGACUGCCCCAACCUUCAAAGAGAAGCUGCAAGAUGUCCGUGUGGCAGAGGGUGCAAAGCUGCUACUCCAGUGCCAGGUGAUCUCUGAUCCCCGAGCCACCAUCACCUGGACACUGAAUGGAAAGACACUCAAGUCUACUAAGUUCAUCAUCCUCUCCCAAGAAGGCUCACUGUGUUCAGUGUCCAUUGAGAAGGCACUGCCAGAGGACAGGGGCCUAUACAAGUGUGUAGCCAAGAAUGCGGCUGGACAAGCUGAGUGCUCCUGCCAGGUCACCGUGGAUGAUGCUCCGGCCAGUGAGAAUGCCAAGGCCCCGGAGAUGAAAUCUCGGAGGCCCAAGAGUUCCCUUCCCCCUGUGCUAGGAACAGAGAGUGAUGCUACUGUGAAAAAGAAACCUACCCCCAAGACACCUACUAAGGCAGUCAUGCCUCCUCAAAUCAUCCAGUUCCCUGAGGACCAGAAGGUACGGGCAGGAGAGCCUGUGGAGCUGUUUGGGAAAGUAGCUGGUACCCAGCCCAUCACCUGUACCUGGAUGAAAUUCCGAAAGCAGAUCCAAGAGAGUGAAUACAUCAAAGUGGAGAACAGUGAGAAUGGCAGCAAGCUCACCAUCCUCGCUGCCCGCCAGGAACACUGUGGCUGCUACACCUUGCUGGUGGAGAAUAAGCUGGGAAGCAGGCAGGCCCAGGUCAAUCUUACUGUAGUGGAUAAGCCAGACCCCCCAGCUGGCACACCUUGCGCCUCUGAUAUCCGAAGCUCCUCCCUGACCUUGUCCUGGUACGGUUCUUCCUACGAUGGGGGCAGUGCCGUCCAGUCCUACAAUGUGGAGAUCUGGGACUCAGAGGACAAGACAUGGAAAGAACUAGCUACGUGCCGCAGCACCUCUUUUAACGUCCAGAAUCUGCUGCCUGACCUCGAGUAUAAAUUCCGUGUUCGUGCUGUCAACAUCUAUGGAACCAGUGAGCCAAGCCAGGAGUCCGAGCUCACAGUGGUGGGAGAGAAACCAGAAGAGCCAAAGGAUGAAGUGGAGGUGUCAGAUGAUGAUGAGAAAGAGCCUGAGGUCGAUUACCGGACAGUGACAGUCAAUACUGAACAAAAAGUGUCUGACUUCUACGACAUUGAAGAGAGACUAGGAUCUGGAAAAUUUGGACAAGUCUUUCGACUUGUAGAGAAGAAAACUGGAAAAAUCUGGGCAGGGAAAUUCUUCAAGGCAUAUUCAGCAAAAGAAAAAGAGAACAUUCGGCAGGAGAUUGGCAUCAUGAACUGCCUCCACCAUCCCAAGCUAGUCCAGUGUGUGGAUGCCUUCGAGGAAAAGGCCAACAUCGUCAUGGUCCUAGAGAUUGUGUCAGGGGGUGAGCUGUUUGAGCGCAUCAUUGAUGAGGACUUUGAGCUGACGGAGCGGGAGUGCAUCAAGUACAUGAAGCAGAUCUCUGAAGGAGUGGAGUAUAUCCACAAGCAGGGCAUCGUGCACCUGGACCUCAAGCCAGAGAACAUCAUGUGUGUCAACAAGACGGGCACCAGGAUCAAGCUCAUUGACUUCGGCUUAGCCCGAAGGCUGGAAAAUGCAGGGUCUCUGAAGGUCCUUUUUGGUACUCCAGAGUUUGUGGCUCCUGAAGUGAUCAACUACGAACCCAUUAGCUACGCCACGGACAUGUGGAGCAUCGGGGUCAUCUGCUAUAUCCUGGUCAGUGGACUUUCCCCUUUCAUGGGUGACAAUGAUAAUGAGACCUUAGCCAACGUUACCUCAGCUACCUGGGACUUUGACGACGAGGCGUUCGAUGAGAUCUCAGAUGAUGCCAAGGAUUUCAUCAGCAAUUUGCUGAAGAAGGACAUGAAAGACCGCCUGAACUGUACCCAAUGCCUUCAGCAUCCAUGGCUGAUGAAGGACACCAAGAACAUGGAGGCCAAGAAGCUCUCCAAAGACCGGAUGAAGAAGUACAUGGCGCGAAGGAAAUGGCAGAAAACGGGCAAUGCUGUGAGAGCCAUUGGAAGACUGUCCUCUAUGGCAAUGAUCUCAGGGCUCAGCGGCAGGAAAUCCUCAACAGGGUCACCAACCAGCCCUCUCAAUGCAGAGAAGCUAGAAUCAGAAGAAGAUGUCAACCAGGCUUUCCUUGAGGCUGUGGCUGAGGAAAAGCCCCAUGUGAAGCCCUAUUUCUCAAAGACCAUUCGUGAUCUGGAAGUUGUGGAGGGAAGUGCUGCUAGAUUUGACUGCAAAAUUGAAGGAUAUCCAGACCCUGAGGUCGUCUGGUUCAAAGAUGACCAGUCAAUCAGGGAGUCCCGCCACUUCCAGAUAGACUACGAUGAGGAUGGGAACUGCUCUCUAAUUAUUAGUGAUGUUUGUGGAGAUGAUGAUGCCAAGUACACCUGCAAGGCUGUCAACAGCCUGGGAGAAGCCACCUGCACAGCAGAGCUCAUUGUGGAAACCAUGGAGGAAGGAGAAGGGGAAGGGGAAGAGGAAGAGGAAGAGUGAAACAAAGCCAGACAAAAGCAGUUUCAGUCAUUUUGAAAGAACUAUUUCUUUAAAGUUCAAAAAACUCAAGAUAGUAAAAGCACCUAGUAUGGUAGUAGGAUAGAUUAUCUAGUUAGGUUAUUUUGGGGUUGAUUCAUCAGCAAUAACAGUCAAUACCUACCAGCAUUAUUGAUGGGCAUUAAUUUGAAUUAGUUGGAACCUUAACAUACUAGUGCAGCUAGAUUUCAUUUAGAGAAAUCACCAGCAACUUGUCUGACCAAUUGGUGUUAGAGAGAAUAACCAAAAUAAAUAGUUCUGUGGGCAAAGUCAUAAACUCCCUGAUAGAACAAACUCAUGAGAAGUAAAGCCAUGUCAAGUGCUCUGAUUCCUGCUGCUGCAAGCUCAGCCUAGAAUCUCUGGAGAUGGAAGAUCUCUUUCCCCCCAACCCAGCCCAGAGACCUAGGGCUUGUACGUACUGCAGCAUUUCCUUCUGAAAGCAGCUGAGCCACUCUGACAUAUGAGGCACACUGUAUUCCAAAGCACACAAUAGACAUUUGAAUUCUCCAUUUCUCUCCCCCAUUCCACCUGGCAGUUUUUCUGGAUCUGAACUUGUCAUGAGUUUCAGCACUAAAAGCAUUACAUAUGUUUCUUAGGUUGUGAAGACAGGUCCCUUGUUCAUGGAUAAGUCCAACUUUCUUGGGAAAAAAAGAUCUCCUUUCUUCUGAAAUCAGCAUGAGAUCUAAACUUAGCUUUGUUUGUAAUUGUCUAGCAGCUUCAGACAUUUGGAUGAGAACCUGUGUGUGGUAGGGAAUCCUUGCUAAUGUGUUUUUUCUUUUUAAAUCAGGAUUCAGACUUAUGCUAUUACACAGUAACACAGCAUAAAGAUAGAGAUUUAUUUGUGUCUGAACUUAGGAAAAACUAGUCUGCUGAAAUGUUAGUCUUAACUAUUUAUUGGGCACUAUGAAACUGAUUUUAACUUAUCAACGUCUGUAAUUCCAAGACAGUCUGAGUUUCAAACAUCUUCAUUCUCAACACGUCAAAGAGCUUGCCCUACCUUACGGGUUCCAUGCUAUUUUCCUUCUUAAAUAUACAUCCAUCAUGCCUUGCCCCAACCUUGAAACAUAUUCUUAGACCUGAUAAAUGCACUCAGACUUACAUUUUUAGGAAUUUUUAACUUUCUUUCACUACAUUACUACAUUGGCACUUAAAUUUUUUCUUUAGAAAAUGUACUGAAGGUCACAAAGACCAUAAACUGAUAUACCUACUGCAUUUCCUCCGUGUAUGUGUGUGUGUGUGUGUGUGUGUAACAUUCCAGAUACUUUUUUCUUUUCCACUGUUUGCAAAGUACAGCAACUUUUUAAAUAGUUUCGUAAGAACCAAUUUCAAAUUCUGUGCAAUCCUAUACAGUAUCAACAGAAAUUUGGUGUUACUUAGCCUUAUGUUAUCUGCUAUUCUAUUUUUAACUGCUUUGUGUUGCUAGUUUCCUAUUGCCAGUAUUCUCCUUUUUUGCUUUUAAACAGUUAGUUUUCAACAUAGCCACAGUAUUACCACAGUUUAUUAUAAUAAAGGGGUUCUGAUUUGAUUUAGAGCAUUUAAAGUGUUUUCAUCACUUGUGUUUAGACUAUAUCAUGGGUGCGUGUAUGUUGUGUGUGCGCAUGGCUGGUGUGUAUGUGUGUUUACAGGUUAAUACCUUCUUGGAAUUAUGUUAAUGUUCUCUCGGUUUAUUAUGCCAUAGAACACUGACUGUAAGUUAACUCACAAUUUUUAAAUAAAGGAUAGCACAGUGCAUGCUGUUUGUUCAA